CUCACCCUCGACUGCAUGAACACCACCACCAAUUCCACUGCAGAAGAUGUCCAGACUUCCGCCUCCGCCCCCGGGACUUCCUCCCAAACCAGCCGCUGACUCGUACCGUCCCAACCUUCCUCCCCAGGAGCCCCGUUCCGCGCGGGAGUCGAUGUAUCAAUUCGGUGGUGGACAGGACCCCAGAGAUUCUUAUGACCAGCGGUCCUCUUCCCGACACAAUUAUGACAGCUAUACUCCUUCGGGUCCUGCUUCUCAUGCUCCUGGAACUCGUCCUUCGGGGGAUAUGUACCGCCCGCAGGAUAAUCAUGACUUCACUUUCCGUUACGAUGCCCCUCCGUCCAUUGCAUCUCGUCAGUCCGAUACUUGGCGGCCUCGGUCCCCACCGCGUCAACGGAACUACGGACAGGAGAACAGCAGAGGAUAUGGCCGUCUUGAUCGUCAACGGAACGGUGGCCAACGCAAUGGAUACGCCCAUCGUGGUAGGGGCGGACCCAGGACGGCAUCUGACCGUGAAUUCCUGAGGACCAAUCGUGCACCCACACCUGAGUUGAUGCCUGGCAUCAAUGGAGAUGAUGCUCAUGGAGUGAAGUACAUGCGGGUCGAAGAUGUGUCGGACAGUGAAGAAGCAGACAUGGAUUUCUCGGAGGAUGAUGACGAUGGCCAGCCAAAGAAGAAGCAGGCCAGGACCGAGACCAAAGCUGCAGAUGGCGAUAGCGUUCCUCAAUGGUCCAACCCUGACCCUUAUACAGCGCUCCCACCCCCCGAUGAGUCGCAGAGGAAGAAGAAGGACGUCGUGAAGCUGAUUAGGAAGGCCCGCGUCGAAGUUAACGCGGCAAACACAGUCAAGGCUACUGAAGCUGCUGCCGAUGAUUUUAUCUCCCUAGACUUUGGUGGAGACAACUUCGGUGGACAGAUUGAUGGUAAAGAAGAUGAGGAAGAGGAUCCAGAGCGGUUUGGCAAAGGUGUUCCAGGAGCUCCCAGCGGUCCACGAGCAUCUUUGCAACAGCCCCAGGCUCCUGCGCCCAGCUUUCAGGCUAUUAAUGUCCCAACUCGUGACAGCAAUGCUCUCACCAGUAACCAUGCCACCAUGCCUCCAAAGCUUAGCAACGUGGUGGACCUCACACGUGACGAUGACUUGGGUAGCCGCAAACGCACCGCCAAUGACGAGAUCAAGGCACCUCCAAAAGGUCUGGAUACAAGAGUCGAUCCCAACCUAGGUACCCGAAAGCGCAAUGUCCGAGAUGAGAUCAAGCCACCUCCCAUGAUCCACAAGAUAACUCGAGGUAAGCCUCCAAGAGCGGAUGGUGGAGUCCUCAAGGAAUGGCUUGUUCCACGUGGUGAGAAUGGUACUCCAUGGCUUGAUAUAGACCAUUCUGAUACUGCAGUCAUGGGUGUCUGGUUGCACAAAGAAAUCAUUGACUUCUACGAGUACGUUAAGCCAAGAGAAUUUGAGAACGUGAUUCGCGCAAGACUAGUCGAGGAUCUGCGCAUGAAAGUCAAGCAGUAUUACCCGAACGCGGAUAUCCGUUGUUUCGGCUCUUUCCCGGCUGGAUUAUAUCUACCUACGGCUGACAUGGAUCUCGUUUGUGUAUCAAAUGAAUUUCUGCAAACUGGACAGAAAAUACUCGGACAAAACAACAAAGGUAUCCGACGUUUCGCGGAUUUCUUGAGGAGGAAUAACCUGGCCAUUCCAGAGUCAAUUGACAUGAUCCUUAAAGCUAAAGUACCUUUGGUCAAGUACGUCGAUAGACUUACAGGUCUCAAAGUUGACAUCUCGUUUGAGAACUCAACUGGCUUGGUCGCCAACAAGACAUUCCAGGAUUGGAAGGCACAAUAUCCCGCCGUGCCAAUCCUCGUCACUCUUAUCAAGCAUCUUUUGGCGAUGAGAGGACUCAACGAACCUGUCAAUGGUGGCAUUGGCGGUUUCUCUGUCACCUGUCUUGUCGUAAGUCUUCUGCAAAAUAUGCCGCAGGUGCAGUCUCGAAGUAUGAUACCCGAGCACCAUCUUGGCGAAGUCCUCAUGGAAUUCCUCGAUCUAUAUGGCAACCAGUUUGACGUCGCCACAACCGCUAUCCAGUUUGAUCCACCCGGAUAUGUAUCAAAGGCUCAUGUUGGGACUUUUACCUACAAGUCUGGACCACAGGAGAAAUUCUCUAUUAUUGAUCCAAACAAUCCUUCAAACGACAUAUCAGGUGGCUCCUCAAAUACAGCAGCGAUCCGUGACUUAUUUUCCCACGCCUACAACGCCUUGCAGAGGCGAGCGGGUGAAUUGCAAUAUUCCUCUGAUCGCAAAGGCCAAAGUAUCCUUGGCUGUAUCUUUGCGGGAAACUAUAGGUCCUUCAAGUUGCAGCGCGAACAUCUUGAGCAUGUCCACGAGAAGCUGUUUGGCCCUGUCACGGUCUGAUAGUUAUUUACUCUAUUGCUACGUUUCACGAUUUCGAUUCACAUUCCAAGCACGGGCUGCAUCCAUUCGGCGCAGAUGAUAAAGCUACCUGAUGCUGGGUAGCUUAGUAUGAUGUUCAUGAAGGAGUCCUGAAUUCAAAGGCGUACGGACAUGAAGGAUGAUACCCAAAUAGCGUUCGGCGGUCUUUCAUUGACAUGUACUACUAGUCUCGAGACUUGCUUUUCUGUCUCAUUUGCUUUUUUCUUCUUCUAAUAGAGCCACGAAAGAUUUUGUGACUGACCAAGCUAUAGUGGUCGAAUCGAGUCCCAGUCACUGCCAUCGGAUUCCAUGACAGACGAGACGAUCGAUCACUUAAGUCACCUUUCAAAUCAAAUCAAACUUUUGCAGUCCG